AUGUUGUAUGCGACAAGUGGUGACGACGACGAAGAUGCAGAACUUAUGGCGCCCUUGCAAAAGGACCACGAGCUGUUAGAAUGCCCAGACUGGCAGGCCGUGAACGGCGUUCGUAAGCGUCGGCAGCGGCAGUGCAAUGUGUGCUCAAUUCUAAAGCGCUAUGUUGGAGAGUACCGCGCUACCAAGUACUACUGUGCUGCAUGCAGCAAGUCGGACACAGCACGUUUGUACCUGUGCAACAUGGCCUGGAAACAUUACCCAGGGAACUCCAUGACGUGCUUUCAAAUUUGGCACAAUAAGUGGGAAAAUGGGAGCAAACGUCCGCACCCGCGUUGUGGGCGCGACAUCCAGGCUCGGGCCGCUGGCACUGGCGGAGGUAAGAAGCUCAAGCGUCAGGAUUCUGAAGAAGACGCCGAAGAAAAGGAGGAUGAUGAUGAAGAGCAGGAAGCUAGCGAGGAGUAA